UGUGCUGUUUAAGCCCAGCCCACACGUAUACAUGUACAUGUAGCAUAUAAAUAUACCGUAAAGGCAAAGGUAUCAAUUUUAUACCACGGCCAUGAAAGAGCCAGAGUUGUUCCAGCAGAGGGAAGAGAUGGGUUACCCAGUUCAACAGGCGCCCCAAGCUGCAUCGUGCGUUGUGGCGCAGCAGUUUUGCGCUCGCCACCCUAUUCAACUCACUAUGCAGCGGAAACGCCUCACUCACACCGGAGGAGACUUCACCGUCACCGAUUCCAACCGUAAUCUCGUCUUCAAAGUCGCCGGAAAAUUAUUCAGCCUCCAUGACCUCCGCCUUCUGCAGGACGCCGCAGGAAAUCGCCUGCUCACAAUUAAACGAAAGAUGUUUUCGUUGCACAGGCGAUGGGAAGCAUUCAGGGGAAACAUCUCCAAUCAGCAGAGUUAUGCGUUUGCUGCGAAGAAAUCGUCUGUGUUCCAGCGUAAGACAGCGCUUGAUGUGUUCAUGGCCGGUAAUAGAGAUGAAAAACUGUGUGAUUUUCAUGUGAAGGGCAGCUAUUUCGACCGAUCCUGUACAAUUUAUCAAGGUAACCGGAUCGUGGCAGAGAUGAAGAGGAAAUACACAGUGAAAAACGUGCUAUUGGGGAAGGACACAUUCUUAGUGAUGGUGCAGCCUGGUGUGGAUUAUGCCUUCAUUGUUGCUCUCAUUGUUAUUCUGGACUAUAUGAAUGAAUAGAGCGAAUGGCUUUUAAACAAAGAUUUGACUUUUGUGGAUUAUGCCUUUAUUUGUUGGGACGUGUAUAGUGGCAAAAGGUUCACUAAAUAAAUUUGUUUGCAUAAUUGGAUUGUUAUGAAAAUCAUUUGACAUUUAAUACUAAAUAGUUUAAAUAACAAGAGCU